UCAAGGCUUCCCUCGCUGCUUGCUGCAUCAAUUCAUCUCAGCUGUGUCGGCCAGUUGACCCAUCAUAUUAAGUUGAUGGUGGGCUCUUCGGGUGGCAGCUGUCGCGAGUCGUCAGGGAAAGCCAGGCAGGCAAAGCAGGCCGGAACUGACUAGGAUGCCAGACAACAACGCAGGCCAGAAUGGGAAGGCUGGAGAGGAAGAGGAAGAGGAGAUGGAGUUCGAACAAGUCGAGAUCCCUGAACAGGCACGCGCGCCCGCUUCAACCAAGGCUGCGCAGUUUUCCGCCACCAUGAAAGCGGAAGAUGAAGAGGAGAUGGAAGCGGUCGGAGUAGAUUACGAGAAUGAUGAGAUGGUGGAAGUUGGCGAGAAUAGCGAUGGUGAAGAUAUCUUGGCCGAAGUGGAUGAAGACGGUGAUGAUGAUGAGGCCGACGAAGCCGCAGCUGCGUAUGCAAAUCUGUACGGAGAGGAUGGUGCUGCACCCAAAUCCACGAAAUCCAAGCACCCUGCCUCGGCAAACAGCAACAGGUCCAAGGUCCAAGGCAAGAACGCAGCUCUGCGCGUUUAUUUUGAUGGGAAAGGGCAACAUGCGGGCGUGACCAUCUCCCUCGAUUAUCAGUCGUCGCUGCAGCGCAAACGGAAACGAGAAGCGGAUGCUGAAGAGGAGCGAAGACGUCAGAGACGGGAGAACAUGAUCACACCGCGUGAUAGGCAGAACCGCAUCGUCGCGCACAAGCUGCAUGUACUCGCCCUGCUUGCAUGGGCGAAGGGACGGAAUGCUAUGUUACAAGACGAUGAGCUGCAGGCUUGGCUCAGCGAUCAAGCCCCCAAAAACUUGAUAGAAAAACAAAAACGCAUCACACCGCGCAAAGAGCCGAAUCAACGAGAGCGUGUGCGCCUCUUCGAAUCCUUCCUCACCCAACUGACGGAAUGGUGGAAGGGACAGUUCAGGCUAGAUUCCACCAUGGUCGCCGGCGCAGCAAUCCGUCAACCAGAUAUUGAUCUAGUCAAUGGGUCUGGUAUCACCUUUGGCAAGACCGGUAGAAGAGUUGAUGGCUGGGUCUAUGAAAGUGCUGCGCAGAGAGUAGAUAGGCAAAAGGGGGAGAAGGAAGCCACGCAGAAAUGGCAGGAUAGGCAAGCGAAGAGCAUCAAGGGGAAAGGGAAGGCCAAUGAUGAUCCGAAGGGCAAAGGCAAGCAGGAAGCUAAAAGCUCAAGUGGUCAAGGGGGCCAGGGAGAUGGAGCGAAGCCACUGGAGAAGACGCCCGAAAUCUCGAUCUUUCCACCUGGCGCCGUUUCACACACCAAGCUACCCGCUUAUUUGCGCCUCGCCAAGCCCGUCGAGAGAAUAUCCAAUGCUUCCGAUCUCUUGGACCGUGCGAUGGAGAUGCGCGGCUCGCGCGAGACAAGCGCCUCGCUCUUCGCAGGCCUGUGUCGCGCGCUGGGCAUUCCCGCUCGACUCGUCAUCAGUCCACAGGUGCCACCGUGGAGCGUCGCGGCUGCAAAGGUAUCCAAGAGUGGAGGAAACGCGGUCGGUGACAUGAGCACGAAUGCUGGCGGCACUGCGAGCGCAACAGCUAACGCGAGCACCGCGGCGAAGGUGCGAAAGCCGGGUAGCGAGGCAAUGCGCCGCCUGCCGUCGGAUGAAGCGACGAGCGACGACGACAAACAAGCCGCCACCUACUUGAGGGCAGACGAAGAUGCCAGCAGCGCUUCGAAGAUCCGCGCGAAAGGUAGCGUCUCGACAAGAAUUCCUCAAGUCGCAAACGGGGCGAAUGUCGCCAGCAGUGGGAGUUGCGCGCUUGCGACAACGACCCUUUCGCAUCAAUUCCUUGGUGGUGUUCGUAGCGCAACUGCGCGUGCGGCAGAGAAGGCUCAGGAUGCGGCCACACAUACUCAUGGGACGAUAUAUCGAGUUAACGCUAAAGGCAAGGGAAAAGGUAGAGUCGACGGUGCGGACAAAAACGGAAGCGAUAGCGUGUCGGUCAUCUCGCUCAGCGACAGCAGGGCCAGUUCGGUCGAUGUGGUCUGGAAUGGUGCAGGACUUUCUGCCAAACCAGGAGCCAAGACCAGCGUCAAACGCAGUACCGAAAGCGGAAGCGGUCGAUUAUUCGACGACGAGGAUGACGAAAAGAGCGUGAUCACUGUUCAUUCAGACGCGUCUUCCGCUGCGAUUAAGGCUCGAAGAAAGGGAAAGGGAACGAGUGGGGCGGCUGUCCUUAAGGAAGGCAAAGCAAGGCAGGCCGAUGCUGAAGCCGAAGAGAACGACUACCGGGACGAAAAGUGGCGAGGACUCACGGCGCCGUUGAAAGUCACGCCCACCGUGAAGCUGCGCCCGCACAGCCGACGACACGCCAAAACAGGGCAUGUGGUGGCGGAAGGGGAUGGCGAGCUAGAGCCGGUAAACUUGCAAUACCCGCCUACCGUCUGGGUGGAGGCUUUCUCCAAGCCAUUUCAGAAGUGGCUCACCGUCGAUCCGAUCCGCGGCUUUGUAUUUGCCACCGGCAACAGGUACAUGGAGCCCGUUGCCGCAGACCGGCAGAACAAGCUCGUGUACGUCGUGGCCUACGAGGAAGACGGCUACGCGCGCGAUGUGACCGCUCGGUACACCCGGACGCUUCACAGCCGCAUCGCACGUAUGCGUCCGCCGCCGAGCAAGGCCCAUGGCGAUUGGUGGGAAAGCGUCGUCCGGGCGAUCUCGAGGCCUUUCAAGCUUGAUCGUGACGCAGUCGAGGAUGUGGAACUGGAAGACAACGCAAGUAAAGAGCCGAUGCCUUCCAGUGUGGCAGGCUUUAAGGACCAUCCGGUCUACGUGAUUGAGAAGCACCUAAAGCGAGACGAGGUGAUCUUUCCUCCCACUAGCGCCGGUACAUUCCAGAAUACGCCAGUGUACCUCCGCUCCAACGUGCUUACUUGCCGCUCUGCGCGCCAGUGGAUGAACGAAGGUCGCGUUAUCAAGGAAAACGAGCAGCCUUUGAAGCUGGUCAAGUCUAGGGCGUACACCAUCGGUAAUAAGCGAGUUGAAGAGCAAGCUAGAGCACAAGGACAGCAGCUACCACAAGAAGGUCUCUAUGCGCGUUUCCAGACCAAGAUCUACAGGCCUCCUCCAAUAGUCGACGGCAAGAUUCCUACGAACUCGUUUGGCAACAUCGACUUGUACGUCCCGAGCAUGCUUCCAAAGGGCGCUGCGCACAUUCCAUUCAACGGAUCGGCUAAAGUUGCCAAAAAGCUGGGCAUUCCGUUUGCCGAGGCUGUUGUUGGUUUUGAAUUUCGCAAAUUCAAGGGCAUGCCGAAAAUGGGCGGCAUCGUCGUUCUGGUAGAGCACGAGGAGG